AUGGAUACAGGCGCACACCAUAUCAGAAAGCCGGCAGCCAUGGGAAGCUUCAAGCUAUCCUUGCUCCGCAUUCUUCUCAUUCCCUUCCUUCUCCUUGCUCCAACCGUUGCCGAGGAGCUGAUAGCCGGCGAUGGCGUGCCCCCGACGUUCAUCGAGCUGCCAGCCGGCGAUGAUGAGCUCCGAACGUUCAUCGUGCACGUGCAACCGGCCGAGAACCACGUGUUUGGCACUGCCGACGCCCGGACGGCGUGGUACCAGUCGUUCCUCCCGGAGGACGGCCGGCUCCUCCACGCGUACCACCACGUCGCCAGCGGCUUCGCCGCCCAGCUGACGCGCCGGGAGGUCGACGCCAUGUCCGCCGCGCCGGGGUUCCUCUGGGCGCAUCCGAGCGAGGUUUACCAGCUGCUGACGACGUACACGCCUCGGUUCCUCGGGCUGGACGUGCCGCACGGCGCGAACCCGGGGAACCAUAGCGCCUCAGGGUUCGGUGACGGCGUCAUCGUCGGCGUCCCCGACAGCGGCGUCUUUCCCUACCACCCGUCGUACAGCGGCGACGGCAUGCCGCCGCCGCCGGCGAGGUGGAAGGGGCGCUGCGACUUCAGCGGGUCGGCGUGCAACAACAAGCUCAUAGGCGCGCGGUCUUUCGAGUCCGACCCGUCGCCGAUCGACGGGACCGGGCACGGCACGCACACGUCGAGCACCGCGGCGGGGGCUCUCGUGCCGGGCGCUCAGGUGCUCGGCCAGGGCCGCGGCACCGCCUCCGGGAUCGCGCCCCGCGCCCACGUCGCCAUAUACAAGGUGUGCGGCCGCGAGUGCAGCGGCGCCGACAUACUCGCCGGCAUCGACGCGGCCGUGGGCGACGGCUGUGACGUCCUCUCCAUCUCCAUCGCCGGCGGCGGGCCGGAGGUACCGUACUACGAGAACCCCCUCGCCGUCGCCACGUUCGGCGCCGUCGAGAAGGGCGUCCUCGUCAGCAUAGGCGCCGGCAACAGCGGCCCGGGCGCCAGCACGCUGUACAACGACGCGCCGUGGAUGCUCUCCGUCGCGGCGGGCACCGUGGACCGUCUGAUCGGUGCCCAGGUGCGCCUUGGGAACGGCCUCUCGUUCGACGGCGAGUCCGUGUACCAGCCAGACAUCUCGGUGGAUGCCUUCUACCCAUUGGUCUACGCCGGCGCCAGCUGGAAAUUCCGUGCGCAGUACUGCGGCAAGGGCUCGCUGGACGGCUUGGACGUCAAGGGCAAGAUCGUGCUCUGCUACCGCGGCGGCGGCUCCGGCCGGGUUGCGAAAGGUGACGUGGUGAAACAAGCUGGAGGUGUCGGCAUGAUCAUGGCCAAUGAGUUCUCUCAUGGCUACAGCACGAUUGCCGACGCGCACACCCUUCCAGCAUCGCACGUCAGUUACGCCGCCGGAGAGGCCAUUAAGGAGUACAUCAGCUCCGCGGUGAACCCGGUGGCGAAGAUCGUCUUCCAGGGCACCGUCCUCGGCACGAAGCCAGCCCCGGUCAUGGCUUCCUUCUCGUCGCGCGGGCCCAGCCUGCGCGUCCCCGGCAUUCUGAAGCCCGACGUCACGGGCCCCGGCGUGAGCAUACUUGCGGCGUGGCCGUUCCAGGUCGACCCCUCGUCGUCGUCGAGCUCCGGACCGGCCUUCAACUUCGACUCCGGCACGUCCAUGGCGACGCCGCACCUUAGCGGUGUCGCGGCGCUGGUCAAGAGCAAGCACCCGGACUGGUCACCGGCGGCGAUCAGGUCCGCCAUCAUGACAACUGCCGACCCCAACGACCUCUCCGGGAACCCGAUGCUCGACGAGCAGCACCAGCCGGCGAGCUUCUUCGCGACGGGCGCCGGCCACGUCAACCCGGACAGGGCCGUCGACCCCGGCCUGGUCUACGACAUCGCCACCGCCGACUACGUCGGCCACCUCUGCAGCAUCUACGCGAGCCGGUUCGUGUCCGUGAUCGCGCGGCGCACGGUCGACUGCUCGGCCGUCACGGUGAUCCCGGACCACGUGCUGAACUACCCGUCCAUCUCGGUCUCGUUCCCGCCGGCGUCGAACUCCACGGCCACGGUGGUGGUGCGCCGCACGGCGAGGAACGUCGGGGAAGCUCUGGCGGUGUACUACCCCUACGUGGACUUGCCGUCGGGCGUGGAGGUGGUCGUCGCGCCGAGCUCGCUGCAGUUCACCAAGGCGAACCAGGAGCAGAGCUUCACGGUGUCCGUGUCGCGAGGGGAGAGGGGUAUGGCGAAGGUGGUGCAGGGCGCGCUCCGGUGGGUGUCCGACGAGCACACCGUCAGAAGCCCCAUCUCCAUCACAUUCGAAUGAUCCCAAUCCCACGGUAGAACAGAGUAUCUGAGUAUCACGCUGUUCUUGGUUGAUCGUUCCACCUAAUAAAUAAUAAAAAUAAAAAAGAGGUUGCUCCUCUUGGUGCAAAUUUGCUUUCA